GCCAACCAGCAACAGACUCGCCACUCGUUAUAUAUGUAGAUAUUGCUUACUGAAAAAUUUGUUCUAACAAUUGUUUAUACUUUGUUCAGAAAAAAAUGCAGCAAGAUAAAUAUAGUGAUACGCUGAGUAAGCUGGAAAAUGAGGAGCUCGAGAACAUAUCACCGGGCGCUGAAAUUUACCAGCAGCUAAUGGCGAUUUAUCUUUAUCAAAACAAACUAGCCAAUGCAAAAUUACUUUGGAUGCGUAUAUCAAAUAAUCUGAAGGAACAAAACAAAGAACUGGCACAACUAAAUCUCUUAAAUCUUGCCCUGCAGCACAACAGCUAUGCAGAUUUCUUUAAGCAUAUUAAAUAUGACUGGUCCGAGACUAAUAAGCUAAUCAUUGAUGAUCUUCUGGUUAAACAACGCGAGGAGCUGCUCAACCUGACCGCUACUGCAUAUGUAUCCAUAUACGAGGAGAAUCUGAUGGAAAUGGCCCAGUUGACAUCGGAUGAACUAAAAAAUGCGUGCUUGGAUUGGACGCGCGAACAGGAUGGUGAUAAGCAAAUUUUGCUGCCGAAAGUGAAGGAGAUAACUCCACGCAUUGCCAGCGAUGAUCAGUUGUUGAAAUUAACCGAGUUUGUCUCGUUUUUAGAAAACUAAAAUAUAAAAAUGAAUUAUUUUUA